AUGAAACUUUUCACCCUGAUCGUGAUUAACGCUAAUGAAAUCCAUACGAAGGACUCAAACGAAGAUCCAUCGUGGAAAUCGCGCCUGUCAGCGACAGGCAGGCAAUAUGGAUUCACCCAUGCCCUCGCAACUGAAGAAAUGGGUGCGCAGUACUUGGUUGAUUUCGAGGGACCGACCGAUCCCUACAAUCCUCUUAAUUGGACAUCACGCCGAAAGGCGAAAACUCUCGUUAUUUAUUCCUCGAUUGCAUUGAUCACCGCAUUCAACACGGCUGUGUUCGAGCCGGCCGUCCCGCAGAUUGCCGAGGAGUUUGGAGUCAGCGAGGAGAUCGCAACCCUUGGUACCACCCUCAAUCUUCUGGCGACUGGCCUGUUCCCUCUUCUCCUCGCUCCAUUAUCGGAGGUUUACGGUCGCAAAUGGACCGUCACUGCUCCCGCAUUUAUCGCGGCGUGUUUCGCGUUCGCUUGCGGCUCUUCGAAGGACCUUCAAUCCAUCCUCAUCACUCGGUUCUUUCAGGGAGGUUUCGGCGCGGGCGUCAUCGCAAAUCUCGGCGGCAUAUUGGGCGAUAUCUACAGCCCGCAGCAACGCGGUGCAGCUAUGGUCAUGUAUUCGACUUGCGUGGUGGCGGGACCACUGACCGCUCCGAUCAUCGGUAGUGCGGUCGUCACGUCCCAUCUUGGUUGGCGGUGGACCAUGUUCCUCGUUGGAAUUUUCCAGAUGGUUUUCUCGGUCUCGGCUAUGCUGUUUGUGAGCGAGACGUAUACACCAGUCCUGCUGUCACGUAAGGCUUCGGAACUGCGACAUGCCACCCGGAACUGGGCGCUCCACAGCAAACACGAGGAGUGGAACGUGUCGUUCCGUGAGCUGGCGCGGAAAUACCUCAUCCGCCCAUUCUUGUUGAUGAUCAAUCCCGUAUGCUUCCUGAUGAGCUUCUAUGCUUCGUUCGUUUACGGAUUAAUUUACGGCAGUCUCGCAGCUGUCCCAUAUAUCUUCGAAAACUACCGAGGAUGGCAUCCAGUUGUCGCCUCGCUGCCGUUCUUGGCAUUGUUGAUCGGUUGUUUUAUUGGCUUGAUUGUCAACCUGGGCAACACGAAGCUCUACGUCAAGGCAAUGGAGGCGAAUGGCGGCAAGGCCGUACCUGAAGCAAGACUUUACCCCAUGAUGGGUGGCAGCUUUUUCCUGACAGGAGGCAUUUUCUUGCUUGGUUGGACCGGUGCAACUGGAAUCUCAUGGGUAGUGCCCUGCAUUGGCCUUCUGUUCGUUGGCGGAGGCUUCUUCCCGAUAUUCCAAGGUUCCCUAAACUACCUCAUUGACACAUUUCUUCCGGUGGCUGCUUCGGCCUUGGCCACCACCACAUUCAUGCGGUGCAUGUUGGCCGCAGUAUUUCCUCUCUUCAUGACACCCAUGCUAGAAGCCUUAGGCGUCGGAUGGGGACUUUCAAUAUUGGGCUUUGUCGGUGUGGUGAUGAUACCUGUACCAUUCUUGUUCUUCACGUUUGGUCCACGGCUACGUGCAAAGGGAAUAGCAAUGCCUGUAUGA